AUGAAUCGCAACAACCAAGAUGUGGACAUUCAGAGAGCGAAGGACGCAAUCAAGGCGCUCAAGAACGGCCUCAAGGUGGAGAAGGGCGUCGUAGAGGAGCGGAACAGGCUCGUGCAGCAUGGCGGCAAGCAGGAGGGCGCGAGGCAGUAUGAGGGGAGGAAAGUUGGUAUCGACUUCUUCCAGAGCCCCCGGGGCCCCCCGGGCGAUCUGCGCAAGAGGAGGGACAACCACCCGGGCAGGCAGGGGCUCGCUGGCGAGUAUCCAGGGGACAGGACCAAGGGGAACCCUUGGGAAUGGAACUGCGAGUGGGAGGAGAUGGGCAUGCCGCAGGAGACUAAGGCCGCCAUGGAGGCAGAGAACAGGAGGGUGGCGGGGAGGGGAGGGCAGCCAGGGCGCCUCGUGUAUGGGAGGGGGAUCUACCCGAUAGUGCAGGGCGAGCUGAUCAAAGCGGAGGCGGAGAGGAAGCAGAAGGAGCUGAACGUCAACUAUGGGCAAGUGCUGGCGGAAAGAUGCGCGCAGAUCCUUCAGUUCGAGGCGUUGAGGAGGGAUGUGUUCGAAGGGAGAGUGUGCUGGGAGAAGAAAGACGGGAGGUGGACGGUGAAGGGGCACAUCGAGGAUGACUACCUGAUCUUGGCGGCGAGGAAGGGCAUCGACUUGCUCAACGAGACUCCCUUCUACUUCGACCGUCCUGAAGGAGAUCGCAGGCCUCGUCGUCAGCACGAGAUGCUGUCGCAGCUGUGCAGGGCUAACACCCUGCGAGACGUGAAAGCGAUUCCGAAGCCGAACCCGCCGUAUGCGUGGGUGGAGGAGGAGGAGAAGGGCGGAAAUUACCCUCAGCGGACGGAAUGGGACCUUCGGAGUCUCCUCAGAGGCGAGCGGAGGACUGUUGCAAUGCAGCGGGCAGAGGUGAUUGACAGGCGUGCUGAUCUCUCGGUUGAACGAGCUGACGACUGGGACGGCGAUGGGAAUGAAGAUGAAGAUGCGAUGAUGCAGCAGGAAGCAGCUGUGAUGGAGUCUGAGGAUGGGAGAGAGGUCCAAGUGUUCUAUCCAGCUGCUCCGCCUGCACACCAUGACGCGGAGUCCUUCAAGGAUCUGACUCCCAUGGAGAUUGAAGUCGCGCUGAACCCUCCGACGAGGAGGAUCGAAGUGUUCCAUCAUAUGGGAAAGCUUGUGCAGCCCGAUCCCAAACAGGCCAUGGGCAACCAGCAGCAGGUGGUUCCUCCUGCUCUUGACCUCGGCCAAUGGAGGAUAGGGGUGGUGGAUGCCGGGGAGCUGCCGACGGGGAAGGUGGUUGGAGGGAAGAGCGUGUACGGUGACUGCGGCGUCCUGGGAGGAGAUGGGAGGCUUCUGGGCAAGGCGCAUCCUUUCAGGGAUGGCGCUGGGGAGGAGGAGGAGGACGGGGUCCCUGCCUUUGGAAGGUUCAAGAUCGCAGGAAACAGGAACUACGGGCUCAACCGCAACCUCCUCAACCCUGUGGCUCCGCUGGAGGGGGAGGUGGCGAAAUUUGUCGAUCGGGGAGACGGAGUAGUGCAGUGCUGCUUCAGGAACAUGCCGGUCAAGCCUCCGAACCGGCGGACGUACAGGAGGGACGACCUGCGGCCUGUUUCGGUCAACAACACGUUCUGUCUGAGGUGA